AUGCCACUUAUCUGAUUUGGAGUAGUUAGCAUCAAGGAAAUCAAGAACUAAUAAACAAAUGAUGAUAUUUUCUGCACGUAACUGAGCCAAUUCCUUCUUUUACAUAGGACUGAAGAGGAAGAAGUCUUGGAUUUCAAAUAAUAAUAAAAAUAAUACGACCAUUUCAAUGACAAACAUUUCAGUAACCCCAUUAUAAAUACUAGCCUAAUCCUCUUACAUAACCCACAGCCAAAAACAUUUCUCAUUAUAACAUUUAGAGUUUCCUAUCAUACAUACAUACACAAUUCUAGACCGAUUUUCAAGAUGUCUACUGGCUUUAUUCUCUUAGCAUUCAUUGCAUUUAGUUUCUCCUUUACCUCUGCAUCGGAUCCCAGCCCUUUACAGGAUUUCUGUGUCGCUGUGCGCAACAGCCCAGUGUUGGUGAAUGGAUUUGUGUGCAAGGAGCCAAAGCAAGUUCAGGCUGAUGAUUUCUUCUUCACGGGACUUGACAAACCAGGCAACACAAAUAACAAGGUUGGGUCCAAUGUGACCCAAGUAAACGUAGCCCAGAUAGCAGGACUCAACACCCUCGGAGUCUCUUUGGUUCGGAUAGACUAUGCACCCUAUGGUCUCAAUGCACCCCACACGCACCCAAGGGCAACCGAGAUCUUAACAGUCUUGGAGGGCACCCUUUACGUCGGAUUCGUUACUUCCAACCCUGACAAUCGCCUCAUAACAAAGGUCCUUCAGAAGGGCGAUGUGUUUGUCUUCCCAAUAAACUUGAUUCACUUCCAGUUUAACAUCGGCCACACCAAUGCCAUAGCGAUUGCAGGACUGAGCAGCCAGAACCCGGGAACCAUCACCAUUGCGAACGCCGUGUUUGGAUCAAAUCCACCCAUCUCAGAUGAUGUUCUUGCCAAGGCAUUCCAAGUUGAUAAGAAAAUAAUUGAUUAUCUCCAAUCGCAGUUUGGAAUGAAAAACUAGAGCAUGCCAUCUUACAGUAAACUCCCUCAGCAAUAUGUGGCAUAUCCACAAGUAGUUUCAUUACUAAUGUAGUUGCUUGAAUAAAAUGCGAGUGCAACACAUUU